ACUACCUUCUUGUUCUAUACAAUACUAUCCUUAUAUUUAUUAGUAAAGGCAAUUAGUUUUUAUCUUGUCAUUAUGGCGAAAGAGCAAAAGUGAGAUGGGAGUCAAAAUGAAUUUCUCUAGAGCAACGCUUAUUUCGUACUGUGGAUUAGUCUCUCUGGUUUUACGACCAGUAACGUCAUGCAGUCGGACAACACGUGAACGAGAGGACGUGGCGCUGAAGGCGUGUCUGACCCACUGGAGCGUGACACCGUCAACCUACGUCAUCGAUCUGCAGAGCACGCUGUUUGACGCCAAUCUGACACACGUCUGUCGAGUGGACAAGAUUGAGGAGGCUGAUCAUUGCGUCACUACCGUACCUGUCGACAACUGUCCAGAGGUACUUCUGUUUUGGCGCCAUUUCAUCGACCCUGUCAAUCAGGCUUGCGGCAACAUCAAAGAUUUCACCAGUUCGGUGAAGUGUGUUGACCAGACGAGAUUGAAAACCUGUCAAGACAAAACGUAUGCUCUGGACUUCUACAGUCGGAGUAAGAGCGUCAGACGACAGCAGUGCCAAAUCAUUCUGGAGUACAAGGCCUGCAUGGAUGGUGUCGUCCAGGACGGACCGGACUGCCGGAGUGAUGACGUUGGAACACUCAACAACGUCAUUGGUCUACAUCUCCUGCACCUCGGAGGCUACUACAAGUGUUCUCAAGAUUAUCCUUUUGUUAUGCAGCCCGUUGACUCAUUAAAAGGUAUUCCUAAGGAGUCAUCGGAAAAGGAACUUGAUUUCUUGGAUUGAGAUUCCCUGCCACAAUCACCUUUCUGUGCCAUGCUCCCCACAAUCCGCGGUCUCCUUGUCCUCUGACAUCAUUUAGUCACCAUGACAAAGGUCACCAUGUCAAUCACGUGACUCAGCAGGAUGAGUCAUCAGCAGCACAUCCAGUAAUUCACCAUAUUGGCCAGCAAAAAAACAAGACCUUUAAUAUGUAUACAGAGAAAAAAAAAUAACAACAUCAUUUUUCUGUGGUAUAUUGUGUAUAAUUUGACUAGGUUAACAUGAUAAACAUAAACAAUUGAUAUAUCUUUCUUAUGUAUAUAACUGUUUGCAAGCAUAAUGAUCUUCUUAAGCACAUACCCUCACAAAAUAAACAGGAGGAAACAACUGUACAAUAAAAACAAAAACAUGGUUGUUCACUGAGGUCAAAUCCAUGUUAACAAGCAUUUACACGACUCUGACCAAACAUUACGGGGAAGCAGUUUUUUUUUUGUAAAAACCUUUUGAUUCAAGGAAUAUUGCACAAAUAUGUAAUAAUAUCAUUUUUUAAGAAAUGGCCAUUUAAUCAUCUUUGGUAAGGAAGAACAGAAGUUUUGCUCAACAUGUACCCAAGUCAAUGUGUAUAGAUACAUGUGCUUUUUCAUAAAAUUUUGUAGUAAAACAUAUACAAAUUAUAUCUACAUGGUUACAAAAUGCCACUACAGUACAUGUUUAAAAUAACUGUAAGCAUGUUUACAUGUGGCAACUUUGGCACAAUAAAAACUUACUGACAUAUAAAUAUCAAUGAUGAGUAAUGCUGAAACUCCAAUCAAUUUUCAUCUGAAACAAUGAUAUACUGUCUUGCACACCAAUCAGAACUUGUGGUCAGUCUACAGGCACUUAGCAAAAAAUGCUUCAAGUUUUGACAUUUUGUACACACAGAAAACAAAGGCACACACUUUUGUACAUAACUGUAAAUGAAUUUGCAAAUACAAGUGAUGAUUUUAUUUUGUUAACAUUUAUACACAUCGUAUCUAUAUUUAUAUAUCUGGAAUGGUUGUCAAAAUAAAAAACUAUAUAUGUGGUAUCAAUCUCAAUGGAUUCAGCUUCUGAUAUCCUUGUCUUUGUCACCAUGCAUAUAAAUAGAUUGGUAUUUUGAAAAAACAAUAAAAAUAAAACAUUUCUGCAACCCAGAAACGCACUUUCUCCAGUUUUUUUGUUUUGUUCACUUUGCACACAACCGACGGAACAAAGCUCUGGCACCCAACAUCCUACUUCCUGACCUGAAGUCCUUGGAAACCAUGGGUAGAUAGUUGAAUCUCCUCAAAUGCUUGUCUACCAACUUCACC